AUGACUGGAAAGGAUAAUGCACGACUAACAAAGCACGUAACGCCACUCGACCUGUCGUUGCUUCACAGCGGCUGCUUUCUCGCUCCCGCUGUAUCAGUUCGGCGUAUUGCCCAGCUGCACCGUGUGGUGAAACAGCAUACCGGUGCUCCCUGCUCAGUAGCUGUUGUCAGUACCAGGAACUUGGUGAGUGUAGCGGACACAGGUCGUGGCGAGUACACUGCGUCGCUGGUGACACACCAUCACUGGCAAUGCCCCGCGUCACGCAGUGCAGCGCGUCACUAUUCCGCUCCACCGCGUGUCACAACCGCAGCGUUGCAAGGGCUGCUAGCGCAAGUGCAGCGUCUCCAGCAGGAACAGCGCAGCAACGGUGGCGGAGCACUGAGCCCGGAGCAGAGGUCCCCAUUGGCUUCCGCUUGUCAUAUGCUGUGCGCUGCGAUCGGGUCGUUGCUCAGCACCAUCCCUUACUUGCUGCAGCAAUGUUCCCGUUACAAUGCUUACCCGGGUGUAGCCAGCAACGGACUGCGAUCUAGUGUAUCCAUAUUCUCCACGUGUACAUUGGCGCUUGAUGACAUCAUCAAGUCACUGCUUACGUCAUCGAAUACUAAGAGAGAUUUCGCACAGGCUGUGUCAGCACUUGAAGAACAUUCAGAGCUGCUCAGGGAUCACGCGCAGCUUUUUAAAGUCAUCUACGCUGUCGUGCAAGUGGACAAGACUGGCGACCUGAUCGUUGAUCAUACUCAGUUUCCGGACGACUUUCUGGACACUGCUGAGAGUAUGGAGCGGAGAAGCUUCUAUGGACGGUGCCUCGGCCUUCAUAGUGCCAGCUCUGAGCCUUCUAAGGCAGUCAUCAUUCACUUCCAUGGUGGAGGGUUUCUGGCGCAAACGUCACAGUCACAUGUGCUAGGUCAUUGGAAACAAAUGGGUGUGCUUUGCUGCCACCAUGCUCCAUCCAUUUCUCCGCUGCCGUAGCCAAUAAAAACUUCGAGAGAGCUUGGAAGCUCAGGGCCCUGCGCUAUGCUUUGUUGCCUAGCUCAUCGUGCAUGUUGUUAGAGCUGAUGGAAAUGCUUUUUCCUUUGAUUAGCUACAUCAUUGUUUUGCAAAAACGUUUCAAUGAGAUACUGAAGUACAAGUAACGUCUUCUGCAUAGCUAUGGGACCGGCGCUGACUCUGCCGAUGACGGGCGUUCUGGAGUCGACGGGAUGUCUGUCCUGACGUUUCCUGGGACCGGCGCUGACUCUGCCGAUCACGGGCGUUCUUCUUCUUCUUAUUAUUAUUAUACUGACGGCAACUAACAUCCAUUCUGAUUGCAUUUACUCGUCUCCCUACUUCGUAUUUCUUUCCAGAAAAUCUCCCCAUGCAGCAGGGA